GGUGCCGGCAUUGGGUCCCGCCCCCUUACGUUCAACUUCCGCUCGGGGGAAAGACCGCUUCCCGUCCCUUGCGCUUGCCCAAAAUUAUGGCUACGUCUCCGCCUCUGCGAGUCUUGUGUCUGGCCGGUUUUCGGCAGAGCGAGCGGGGCUUCCGCGAGAAGACUGGAGCGCUGCGGAAGGCGCUGCGGGGUCGCGCAGAGCUCGUGUGCCUCAGCGGCCCGCACCUGGUCGCGGACACAGCGGGCCCUGAGGGCGCCGGGCCACACCCCGGGCCCUGCCCUCCGGAGGAGCAACCUCGAGGCUGGUGGUUUUCCAAACAGGAGACAGACGUUUUCUCGGCACUGGAAGAGCCCACGGUGUGCAGAGGUCUGGAGGAAGCCCUGGGAACGGUGGCACAGGCACUGAGCAAGCUGGGGCCUUUCGAUGGGAUCCUUGGUUUCAGCCAGGGGGCCGCGCUAGCAGCCCUUGUGUGUGCCCUUGGCCAAGCCGGCGAUCCCCGCUUCCCUUUGCCCCGGUUUAUCAUCCUGGUAUCUGGUUUCUGUCCCCGGGGCCUUGGCCUCAAGGAAGCCAUCCUGCAGGGCCCCUUGUCACUGCCUUCCCUCCAUGUUUUUGGGGACACCGACCGUGUCAUCCCCUCUCAGGAGAGUAUGCAACUGUGUAGCCGAUUUGCUGGAGCCAUCGCCCUCACCCACUCUGGUGGCCACUUCAUUCCGGCAGCCGCAGCCCAGCGCCAGGCCUACCUCCAGUUCUUGGACCAGUUUGCAGAGUGACAGAUCAACAAAUGCCUUUGCCUCUGCGUUCCCGCUCCACUCCCCACCCCCUAAUGGGGACACAUGAUCUUGAUGCAGCCUCUAUAAUCCCUGUCCUCCCCUUCUGUCCCCUACUGUGACCUCAAGAGACAAAUAUCAAUACUUAAGGCUCAAAUUAUAUCAGCCCAGCUCUGCACUCAAGAAAAAGAGGAUUAGGAGGCCUAAUGGACUUUGACCAUGGCAUCUGAUAUUCAAAUAAUAAGAAAGGUCAGUGGAGCCCUGGAUGAGUGGAGAGUAACACGAAAAGCAGAGACUGGCAGCACUGUGACUGGUACAAAAUAAAGUGGUGAUUUGGAUUUUGA